AUGACAUUAUCUUUGAAUGAUAUCUUGAAUAAAAGAAAGAGGGUGGAGAAAGUUCAAUUCCUAUCUAAAGCAAAACGUCAGCAGCUAAAGCUAGAAAAGGAGCAUCAACAAAAACAAAAUGAAAAGAUUCUUCCCAUUGCAAAGAAGAAGACAGUAGCAAAAGAUUCAGACUCCCUGCCUUCUGUUCCAGCAGAUUCAAACGCUAUACCUAAUCAUAACCGUAAUGGAUCUGUUAAAGCUAAGAAGGGUGAUGCAAAAUUUCAGUUUCAAUGGAAUCAAGAAGAAGACACAUCACUUGACUAUCAACCUUUGAUCACUGUUAACGAUGGUGUUGAUCAGAGAAAUAUUGAAAAGGAUACCCAUUGGCGAAGAAAGUCAAUAUCUGAAAUGACACUGAGAGAUUGGCGAAUACUUAAAGAGGAUUUUAAUAUUUCAUCAAAAGGUGGUGAUAUUCCUAACCCGUUGAGGUUUUGGGGUGAAAGUAACAUCAAGAAAGAGAUUCUUGAUAUUGUCCACAGUCUAGGCUUUGAUGAACCAACUCCCAUUCAGAGAGCCUCCAUACCACUGGCUCUGGCCUCCAGAGAUUUAAUUGGUAUAGCCAAGACUGGUUCGGGUAAAACUUUGGCCUAUAUUAUUCCGGCUUUGAAUUAUCUUCUCCAACUUCCCCACCUUGAAAGUGGAGAUCAAAUCCCCCAAGUCCUUAUAUUGGUGCCCACGAGGGAGUUAGCACUUCAAGUUGAAAAGGAGUUUAAAAAAUUCACUGUUAAACUCGACCUGAACAUUAUCAGUUUGAUUGGUGGUCACUCUAUAGAAGAAAAUGUCAACAGCAUUAGCCGUGGAUGUGAAAUUGUGGUCGCAACUCCGGGAAGAUUACUUGACUGUUAUGAAAGAAAAAUGAUCUCAUUGGCGGAAUGCUACUACGUAGUAUUAGAUGAGGCAGAUAGAAUGAUUGACAUGGGAUUUGAAGUUCAAGUGCUAAAAAUAUUGAAACUUUUACCCACUGAUCAGAAUCGUUUCACGUCUAGACCACGCAAUACAUUUAUGUUUACAGCUACAAUGUCAACAGCAAUUCAGAAAAUUACCAAAAAUUACUUGAACCAACCAGGAACGCUUACAGUCGGGGAGCUUGGCACAGUUGUUGACACAGUGACACAAGAAGUACGUUAUUUCCCUAAUGAGAAUGCUAAAUUAAAUCAUUUGUUUAGUAUAUUGCCCAGCUUUAGACCUCCCAUUAUCAUAUUUGUUAACUAUAAGAAGACCUGUGAGUUUUUGCAGAAUCAACUCUCUAAGAAUACUGCCCUUUCAUCCACAGUCAUUCAUGGAUCUAAGAAUCAAGAUCAACGUGAGUUGGCAAUCCAAAAUCUUCGGUCAGGGAAGAUAGAUGUUCUGAUUGCCACAGAUUUAGCUGGUCGGGGAAUUGAUAUUCCCAACGUAUCUUUGGUAGUCAAUUUUCAAAUGGCAAAUGGGUUGGAUAGCUACACACAUAGAAUUGGAAGAACUGGAAGGGCUGGUAAUAGAGGUUAUAGCAUAACUUAUCUGGGACCAGAGGAUUCCGAAAUAUUCUCUGAAUUUAGAAAGCUUCUGGUAAAAUCCGGAAGCAAAAUCCCAGCUGAGCUUCGUCAACACGAUAUGAACGAGAAGAGAAACAUGAGAAAUAUAGAAUUAUAA